AUGGGAUCGCAAGAAGGACGCCAGAACCACUGGAGUGUCUUUGACGGCGUCAAGAUAAUUGUCGCGACGCCUGAGGCUCUAAUGACGGAGAUUGACUAUGCGAUUUCAAAUCUGGAAUACGCAUGCGCCACCGCCGUACUCGACGUCGAUCAGUUACACGAUGCAUGGACGACGGACAAAUCGUACCGAGCGGGUUGCGCUGCUUUGGCCGGCGGGAAGCUGGAGGAAGCGCUGGAUUGUUUCAAUGUUUCGCUGGAAAAGUGUCCUUCCGAUAACAUUGCGGCGGUUGCAAAGCUGAAAUCUUUGAUAUCUCUCACUUCUCAACACCUUCAAUCUUCUUCAUCAUUAUCGUCUUCUUUAAAUUAA